AACUUUGGGUCGCCUGAGAGAGUCAGAGUCCUCAGAGACUCAUAAUUCCACGCAACGAAGAAGAUGCAACAAAACUGCUCCAAAGAAACACUCGCCGCUUUGUUCUUCAAUGUCUCCAGUUCCUUGCUCCUCCUCUUCCUCUUCUUGUACUUCACCUCCAUUCUUCUGGCUAAGUUCUUCUUCUUCUGUGGCUCCCCAAUUCUUCAGAGAAAUCAAGAUGGGUAUGACUCUGCAAUGUUUUAUGAAGAAGAAGAAGAAGAAAGCGAGUAUGUUCAGGAGGGGCAUGAGAGAGAUCAUCUGGUUGCAGACGUAAUCGGAGGUGGAGAAUCACUGCAGUUCUUGUCCGCCGGAAGCCUGCCGGAGGGACUGAACUACAAGGAAGAUGAUGAUAAUUUUGACGAUGACGGCCAACCCAUGUUAGACGAGCCAGAUGAAGCUUUCCGCUCUCCGGCGUCGGAAUCUGAACUUCAUGGAGAUGAAGUGGCCGCAGAUGAUCGGGAAGAGAUCCAUGGCAAUUCUGACUCCAGUGAAGAAGUUGACGAGACCAUUGUCGCUGAUUAUGCAACUCAUGAUGAAAAGAGGAAAAAGGAAGAAGAGGAAAAGGAGAAGAAUACAGCAAAAUUCACGAGGGAUGGUAAUUUCUUAAUCCUUGCGCCGCCCAGGUCGGAGGCCAAGAAGGUUGAAGCGCCUGCUCCGAGGAAGGCGGUGGCCAUUGACGAAGAGGAGAUCUUUGGCGAUUCAUGCACCGUUGGAUCCACUUCCAAGAGCUCUUCUGAAUGGCGAAGCUCAAUCAAUUGCAGGGAUUCGGGUACUGAAGAUCCUUUCUCGUCUUCUUCCAGAAGAAGCUGCCCCAAAUGGGAGUCUUACACUGUGUUCCAAAAGUAUGAUGAAGAGAUGCUUUUCUUGGAUAGAAUCAGCGUUCAAAAGCUCCAUGAAACAGAAUCACUAAGGUCCAUUCAGGCAUGUCCAAGGUCGAUCUCUGAAAGGAUAGUUUACAAGCUGCAGGCAAAAAACAAGAGAUCGUCAAGACGUUUCCAUCAUCAGAACCCAUAUCUAGAGCUGGAGGCUGCUUAUGUAGCUCAGAUUUGCCUGACGUGGGAGGCUCUGAACUGGAACUACAGCUACUUCCAGCGGUUGAGAGCGUCUCGACGGCAAUCGGAUCCCGGCUGUCCGGCGUAUAUCGCCCAGCAGUUCCAGCAGUUCCAAGUUCUUCUGCAACGGUACGUGGAGAAUGAGCCCUACGAACAUGGCAGAAGGCCCGAGAUCUAUGCCAGGAUGAGGAGCUUGGCUGCUAAGUUGCUCCAAGUGCCCGAGUAUAGAGAUUCAACCGAGGAGGAGAAAGAGGAAGGGCCGGGCGCAAGGAUUCCAUCCGAGUCGUUUCUCCGAAUACUGCAAGAAUCCAUACAAACGUUCAUGAAUUUUCUCAAGGCCGAUAGGGAGACUCACUGCCAAAUGCUGGCAGCUUUCUUUAGGAGAAACAGGAGACGCUCAGCCGACCCAAUUCGCCUUCUCCUAGCGAAGCAACAAAACAAGAAGAAGAAGAUGAAGCUCAAGGAUAUUCGCCGGGGCAGCAAGUGCUUGAGGAAAAGAAGGCUAAAGGAGGAGGAAGAGAUGGAGAUCUUGAUGGCUUUAAUUGACAUGAAGGUGGUCUCAAGGGUGCUGAGAAUGGCUGAGCUAAGCGAGGAGCAGUUGAAUUGGUGUGAUGGCAAGAUGAGGAAAGUGAGCGUUGCAGAUGGGAAGCUGCACAGAGAUUCCUCGCCACUUUUCUUUCCUGCUCAUUGACUGCUCAUCCACACUGGUUUCUAUAUAUUGCUUUGAUGACUAGACCAUGAUUGUGCAUGCAUGCACGGCUGCAUGGAGGUGAAUAUCCCAGAUUCCCACCCCUCUCUUUAGUAAAUAAAAUAAUCAAAGGGAGAGGUCCCACCUAUCAAUUUUUCUUAAAAGGAGUUCUAUAGUAUGAAUUUAGGUAUCAUCUUGAAAAGAGUUUUCGUGAUUUCACCAACACAAAGUGAUUUCAUGUGGAGGUGAUGAGAUGGGAUUUGGGAGAUUUGGGAAAUCCAUGGAAGAGAGGAGGCUGGGAUCCGUGAUUUCAUCAUGAAGAUGCACAAUCAAAGUGGAAAGAGCACUUACAAAGCAAGGAACAUGGGAUGGAGACAGGGGUAGCUUUAGUUCUCUUUAUCUUUUUUAAAUUAGGGUUUAUCUACCUGAGAUUUAGGUUAAAAGAGAAAAGAGAAAACAAAGGAAAACAAAGCUGAGAGAGAGAGAGAGAGAGACAGACAGACAGACAGAGAUGCAGUAGUGGAAUAAAAAGUAGUGGCACAUGGUGAUAUAUAAAGGGAAAUAAAUAAGUGUUAACCAUGGAAGAAAGAAGUAUCCCGAGCGAGAGAGAGAGAGAGAGAGAGAUCAUUGGUUUGGUAUAAUUUACUUAAAGUCAGUCUUGCAGUUGUCUUAUCAUGGAUAUACUUUUCAGCCAUGGCCAUGGGGUGGUGUAAUUGACUUCAGAGACUUGAUUAGCUGGAUUAGUUCUCAAUUGGAGGCUAUUUAUAUAGUUAAGAUUUUAGUUGAAAUUCUGCAUACGGAAUCAUCCAUUUCACAUGGUAUUUUAUUACUUUUAGUUCAUGUCACUGUGUACAGUCACUUGGCAACAUGGGAGAAAGGAAUUCAUUUUUCUUUUA